GCGUGACGUUUAUAGUGCGCCGGGGUCGAAUCCAGUUCUGUCCAUUUAUUCUCUCUUUUCAUUUUCCCCGAGUAGGUACGUCGUCGUCCACCGCAAAAGGCAGACGGCCCCGUUCGUACCAGCGAAACCGAAAAAACACCAUAAAUCCGGGCGAAAGGGUGUGACAUUCGAGAAAAGAGAUGUUUUCCUCGAUGAAAACGCUCAUGUCCGCGGCGACCAGGCCGAUCUUGGCCCGGUCGUACGCGGCAAAGGCGGCGGUGAAUGCCGCGGCCGGAGCGCAGGGUAAGGUAGUGGCCGUCAUCGGUGCCGUCGUGGACGUGCAGUUCGACGAGCAGCUGCCCCCGAUUCUGAACGCGCUGGAGGUGCAGGGCCGCAGCGCCCGGCUGGUGCUGGAGGUUGCGCAACAUCUGGGUGAGAACACGGUGCGCACCAUUGCCAUGGACGGUACGGAGGGUCUGGUGCGUGGGCAGCGCGUGCUGGACACCGGUUCGCCCAUCCGUAUCCCGGUCGGGGCGGAGACGCUCGGUCGCAUCAUUAACGUGAUCGGCGAGCCGAUCGAUGAGCGCGGCCCGAUCGACACGAACCUGUCGGCGCCGAUCCACGCCGAGGCGCCCGAGUUCAUCGAGAUGAGCGUCGAGCAGGAGAUCCUGGUGACGGGCAUCAAGGUGGUGGACCUGCUGGCCCCGUACGCGAAGGGCGGCAAGAUCGGCCUGUUCGGUGGUGCCGGCGUCGGCAAGACCGUACUCAUCAUGGAGCUGAUCAACAACGUCGCCAAGGCGCACGGUGGCUACUCCGUGUUUGCCGGCGUCGGCGAGCGCACCCGCGAGGGUAACGAUCUGUACAACGAGAUGAUUGAGGGUGGUGUCAUCUCGCUGAAGGACAAGUCGUCCAAGGUCGCGCUGGUGUACGGCCAGAUGAACGAGCCGCCGGGCGCCCGUGCCCGUGUCGCGCUGACCGGCCUGACCGUGGCCGAGUACUUCCGCGACCAGGAGGGUCAGGAUGUGCUGCUGUUCAUCGACAACAUCUUCCGCUUCACCCAGGCCGGUUCGGAGGUGUCUGCCCUGCUGGGUCGUAUCCCGUCCGCCGUCGGUUACCAGCCGACCCUGGCCACGGACAUGGGUAGCAUGCAGGAGCGCAUCACCACCACGAAGAAGGGUUCGAUCACGUCGGUGCAGGCCAUCUACGUGCCCGCUGACGAUCUGACCGAUCCGGCUCCGGCCACCACCUUCGCUCACUUGGACGCCACCACCGUGCUGUCGCGUGCCAUCGCCGAGCUGGGCAUCUACCCGGCGGUCGAUCCGCUCGAUUCGACCUCGCGUAUCAUGGACCCGAACAUCAUCGGCGCCGAGCACUACAACAUCGCCCGUGGCGUGCAGAAGAUCCUGCAGGACUACAAGUCGCUCCAGGACAUCAUCGCUAUCCUGGGUAUGGAUGAGUUGUCCGAGGAGGACAAGCUGACGGUUGCCCGCGCCCGCAAGAUCCAGCGCUUCCUGUCGCAGCCGUUCCAGGUCGCCGAGGUGUUCACCGGCCACGCCGGCAAGCUGGUGCCGCUGGAGGAAACCAUCAAGGGCUUCACCAAGAUCCUGAACGGUGAGCUCGACCAUCUGCCGGAGGUGGCCUUCUACAUGGUCGGCCCGAUCGAGGAGGUCGUCGAGAAGGCGGAGCGUCUGGCCAAGGAGGCUGCCUAAGGUGGCUGAGCCCUCUUCACAGCAAACGCCUGCUGCCAUUAUCGAAUUACGAACGGUGCGCAGCUAACCAACACCACCACCACCACCACCAACCUGUACUGCUGCCAUUCGUCAAAGCAAAAAAAGCGGUUCCAAAACUGGCCGUUAGAUUUUACUUAGAGAAGAGAAUGCGUUUUGACCAGCGAAGAGAAAACCAUCAGAAAUCGUGGAGCACGAAAGUCGAUUUGAAACAACUCAAUCCCGUCACCACCAACACACACCACCAUCUCUUACGAAACAACUCGAGCUGCGAUUCUAACGUGCGCGCGUAACGACUGCCUUUCAAGACAAAUCAGUGUGUGUAUGUGUGGAAUGAGCUGACCAGCGUGAAAUCCGGCAAUGCACCUCCUCCCAAACACUACCAUCCAUCGCAGCGGAUUUUGCAGCGGGUCACCACAUUCGGUCAUAAUCGUUGUUAGAAAAAAGAAAAAGAUGCAGCCAAUCGAAUCGAAGAACAUCCUAAUCUAUGAACGACGAACGAGGGAGAGAGAGAGAGCAAAGAACACGACUCUUAAGGUUCGGUUUUUUGUUGGUGCAAGAGUGUGGGGUAAAUGUAGUGUGUAUUUGUUGUUUUAAAUUCGUUCGAAAAUACACGUAAUCGAUAACAGA